AAGAACUUUUAUUAUGGCGACCUUCAUAGCGGUGGCGUGAAAUGUCUCUUUAUCGUCUCUUACUUGUAUUUGAACGCAUAUUAAAAUAGAUGUCAUGGGUGUAGUUAGACAUGUUGUGUGUGCUAUGUCUGGAGGGGUUGACAGUUCUGUCAGUGCACUGUUACUCAAAAGAAUGGGCUACCAUGUGACUGGUGUGUUCAUGAAGAACUGGGACUCUCAUGACGAGAGAGGGGUCUGUUCAUCGGAGAGAGACUGCGAAGAUGCUUAUAAAGUGUGCACGAUGCUGGAUAUGCCUUUCCACCAGGUCUCAUACGUUAAAGAAUACUGGCACGAAGUAUUUAGUAAUCUUCUUAGGGAAUACGAGAAGGGCAGAACACCGAAUCCAGACAUACUGUGUAACAAACACAUCAAGUUUAAGCACUUCUAUCAGCACGCAGUUAAUACUUUAGGUGCUGACGCCAUGGCAACGGGACACUAUGCCCGGACAUCCCAGGAGGACGAGGAGGUUUUUCAACAGAAGCACGUUGCACCGCCUAGAACCCUCUUCAGAGAUCGCUUUGAAAUUAGAAAGCCUGUGCGGCUCUACCGAGGUGCUGAUCGCUCGAAGGACCAGACGUUCUUUCUCAGUCAAAUUUCCCAGGAUGCUCUCAGACACACCGUAUUUCCCCUAGCCGGGCUAACCAAAGACUUUGUGAAGAAAAUGGCGGCUGAGGCCGGCUUCCAGCAUGUUCUAAAGAAAAAAGAGAGCAUGGGAAUCUGUUUCAUUGGGAGGAGAAAUUUUGAGAACUUUAUCCUUGAGUACAUAGAGCCCAAACCAGGAAACUUUGUCUCCAUUGAAGAUGGGAAGAUUAUGGGACAGCAUAAAGGCUGGUUCACGUUAACACUGGGUCAGAGGGCUAGAAUAGGAGGACAGGUUGAUCCUUGGUUUGUAGUAGAUAAAGAUACCACAACCGGAGAUGUAUUCGUGGGCCCGACCACGAACCACCCGGCACUGUUCAGAGACACGAUACAGACAGGACGCUUUUACUGGAUCGCCGAAGACCCGCCAGCUGAACUUGUCCGAACUCAGAUGAUGGAAUGCCACUUCCGUUUCAAUAACCGGAUGCUUUUGACUCCAUGUACCGUAACCUUGAAUCUAGACGGGUCGUUGUGGAUAAUCUUGAAAGAGCCACAAAGAGCGUUGACACCUGGACAGUUUGCCGUCCUGUAUAAGGGAGAUGAGUGUUUAGGCAGCGGGAAGAUCGUCCGUCUGGGACCCACGAAGUUCACUCUUCAGAAAGGUGAAAACUGCACGAGCUGCCCACCUAAACACACGAACCGACCUCAUCCGGAGCCUGCCAGCUGAGACGCAUGCAGCACAAACCAGCACUACUCUUAUGUUUUACGUAUGGGACGAUGACAAGAAGUUAGGAGGCUUUUAGUGCUCGCAGAAUCCUUAAUGUGAGUUGUACGUUUUGUAAUUUAUCUGUCGGAUAUAUACAUUGCUUUUUUUUCUUUUUUUUUAGGAUUUCGUACAUAGAAGUCACGUCCGGACCUAUGCAGUCUUUUCAGCUGCUAACCGGCGCUGCUCAAGACUUGAAACCACGUUUUCAAAAGCGUUCCGCCGACAUCAAUCUUGAGCAAAUGGUUCGUCUCUCCUUCGAUAGUCACUCAGACCAGCAUAGAGGUCUCGAAAGUAGCACCGGGAACGGUUCUCAUUCAGAAAACGUACGUUUUUUUUUGUUCGUAACACACUGGUUUGAUCUUUUGAAGUUUGAAUGAUUUGUUCAAUUUUUGUUUUAUUGGGUAAGAAUAACAUCUUUUCAUUUUACAUACUCGGCGCAAAGAAUGAAUGAGUAAAGUGCCAUUUCCAUCCUAUUUCUUUAUAUACCAAAAACGAAUCCCCAUUGGCAUUUGCCAAAUUUACUUACGAUAAACGAAACAAAACAUGAAAAUAAAUUGAGAAAUGAUCAAAAAAAA